UCGAGACCGGCCGAUCCUUCCAGACCUCGACUGCCAGUAUCUUCACUCUGCUCUCCCAGCGCGACGUGUCUCUAGUGGCGGACUAGCUGGGUCUUUGAAAUCCUCACUGCUCAUCCUGGAUCCGCAUUCUGCGAGAUUUCCGAACGCGGAUUCCGGGCAGGAUUGCCAUCCAAGGCGUCGUCACCCAGGCAACAGGACAUUCCAAGCACAUGAUGCAUCUGCAAAAGCCCACGGGGCAGUUUACGUUAUAACUCCACGCGCCUCGAAUAAAAUGCCGCCCAAGCACGUUCCCUGUCCUCAGCUCACUCUCCACCUCAUACCUUCGAGGCUUUCACCUUCUUUCCCGAGUAGUUCACUCUUUGCCUAGGCUGCGCCUCAUUUACACGUUUUCUCUCUUCCGCAUUCCUUUGCCGCUACACACUCCUUCGACUAAACGCCAUGCAAUUCAAGAUCUUCACCGUCCUCGCGCUUGCCGCCUCCGCCUUCGCUGCCCCGAUGGCCGUCGAGAAGCGCUCCGCGCGCACGUUUGCGCAGCUGACCAUCUCCGGUGGCGUGGGCGGCAACGCCCUGGCAGAGGCCAAGGCCAAGUUCCCCGCAGGCAACCUGUCGUCCACGCAGGUCCAGGACUUCAACACUGAGGCCCACUGCGCCGUCCUGGCGGAGGCGGCGUUCAAGGCCGCCGGCAAGUCCAGCGCGGUCAGCGUCGGCCUGACGAAGAACAAGGUGCUCAAGAUCUGGGGCACCAUGGUCGCGCUGCAGGGCAUCAUCAAGGAGCACGGUGGCACGCCCACCGCGGCGCAGACUGCGUCGCUCAACGAUCUCCAGACGAAGCUCGGUGUGAAUGUCGCGCUUGAUCAGAAGAACGCCGGAAAAGCCAGCCAGACUGUAUCUUUCAACUGCUAGGUUGCACGCGGGGAAGUCGUUUGUUACCAGUGCCUGUAGCGCGUUUUUUUCCAGUGCAUUUUGCGCCUCUGUUUGCGAGCAUGUUAGCCGGGCCAGAUCAUAAGCUUGAGUACUUUUUUCGAAUAGAUUGGUAUCGCCGCAGACUUGAUGUCCUUGACGUGGUAGCAAGGACUCAAGGAGAGUUGCAAGAUGGGUACAAUCUCGACCCACCCAUUCGUUCCACAACGCAUCGUCGCUGGGGAUUGGUUACCGUUUGUAUCGAGAUAGCUCUAAAAUCACCCUGCGUCCUAGUGAGUGCUGCCUGACACCGCCGACGCUCCCGGCAGACCGGAUCGUCGUCUACGUCAUUGACAUACACUGACAAAUAGAUCAAUCUACUUCCCGGACUCAUCGAUGCGUCCAACCCUUACUCUUGCUGAAGGAUCCUGGAUCGCUGGCCCCGGCUACCGAUCCAGAUUUGAUCUCACGAUUCCGGCCGGGAGGUGUCCCAACCAGGAGGCAACUAGUGCAAUCUGCGGUCUGGGUUGGCGAUUCGUGGUUGAGAUCACAGGGGAAGAAGGCGAAAGCAGCUCCGUCACCAUCCUGUUCAACCCAAGUGCAUUGCACUUUGCCCCCUUGGCGCAGAUAGGCUUUUGUGUGGAGAAUAUCUGCGCCGAUGCUUCCACCUACGCUCGAACGGGCGCUCCGCGCAUAACAGACUCAAUGCUGCUACCUUGUGACGGACGCAGAAGAGCCGCGUUGGCGGUUUAUGUUGUUCCUCAUAGUGCACCCCCUGUCACUCUCUCCUUGUAUAUCUCGGUGUUGUUUCCGAUCCUAGGACCGAAAUCUUUGAGCCCUGCAUCCGGGUCAUACAGAGGAGAGCACCCCAGUCCGAAUACCGCAAAGAUCAUUGCAUCUACUCUGCACGGGAACUUGGACAUAGACCUGAAGCUCUACGCGUACUCGAAGACAACUGCGGUGGAUUCCGGCCACAACAGGUUUCCCGACUCCGGCCGCUCUACACGCGACUCGAGUUUCUUCGCGGGCAUUCCCCACAGCUAGAUGAAUAUCUAGCCGAUCUAACGGGUAUGACGACUGGAGAAUCUGGCGCGUUCUCUGAGUCGAUCCGCGUCGAUCUGAAACGCCACCGGCCGAUACAGCAGGACGAGACGUACGACGAUUACGACUAUGCUUCGGACAGCGAUCUAGAUGAGGACGAGGAAAGAGGAGACCCUGGUGAACAAUCUUCCCUCGUUGCCAGCUCGGUGGAUAUCGAGGAUCAAGAGCUAGAGCCGAUGGGGACACACCAGAUGGGAUGGGCGAUCACGGAGAAAGGCCACGCUUACAAAACCUGGAACGCAUUUUUCUACUAUCUGUACACCAAGCGCAUUCGUUUCGGAGCGCUCGCUGGACCCGGAGAUGAACAUACUCCAGUAUGUUCUGCCAAGUCGAUGUACAAGUUGGCGGACAAGUUUGACUUGAGAGAACUGAAGCACCUUGCCGCCGACUCCAUCAAGGCAAAUCUGAACGAGAGUAACAUUGUGAAGCAGUCGUUCUGCACGUUCACCUCGCUAUUUGCGGAAAUUCAAGAGAUGCACGCAGAGAUCCUUGUUCGCGAGCUCAAAAAGCCGGCUGUGAUGGAGAUGAUGCAGUGCAUGCAUCGGGACAUAGCAAUGGGGCAACGGCCAUUGGGAUAUGCCAUGCUCUCCCUCGUGUCGCAGAAGUUAGUAGCGGCUGCGGUCUUUUUCGCUGAUCCGCAGCCCGUGUAAUCCACAUUAAUUCCGAAUACGAUCCAGAUGUACUGGUACAUACACACCAAUUGAAUGAAAAGGGUGUAGAUGAUAGAAGCAA